CAAUUCGACGAUGUUAGAAAAUGGACCCGCUCUGGAAGUGGAUUCAGGAAAUGGUUCGCAAGGCAUUUCCUGUAAAUCACGAAGUUUGGAUUUUAAAGAACCUUCCGACAAUGCGGAUGAGGUUUUAGAAGCAUCUUCCAAUGCUCAGGAUGAGCGCAACGAAUAUUUCUCUUCUGUCAACUUGGAGGAGACUCGAGCGGAGUAUUUCUCGGACAGUGGUUCUGACUGGAACGAUACCGGAUCUGCGAAGAAUUCCACGCCUGUGAUUUCCAGGGAAAAAGCCGUUCUGAGAUAUGCGUCUUACAUGGAACGCCAUGUUGGAACGCAAACGGAUUUCAGUUUGGCUGUUGCUGAUGUGCCAAUGGAAAUUGAAGAAGCUUUGAAGGAAUUCCGCUUGGAGGACACGACCGAUACGAAGCCGAAAUUUUGUGGUACGCCCAUUCAAGCGUGGAUCAAGAAGGGAUUCGUGGUUCGUUCUUCAAGUCCGAAAAGCUUUGAAAAGCGCCGGUGUUACAAUUCCCACAGUUCCUCUGAAGUCCGGCAUCAAUUGAAAGAGCCAUGCGCAUGGCGCAGUCAGCCGUCUGUGCUCUCUGAUGACGCGUCAUUCGUGGAGCCUAAUUCCGGAGGAAGCUCCAUUGGACGGAUUUCGAAUGCGAGUUCCAUUGCGGAUGUGUCGAGAGUUGAAGACGUUUCGUUGCAUCUCAACAUUUCGGGCAUGAUGCGAUGA